AUGGUGUGUCUGGCAAUUCCGAAGAAGAAUCUCCAGAAUUUGUCUUCAUUUAAUUUUUUAGGAACAAGAGAAUACCGAACAGCAGCAAGUGCUGCACUCUCCUGCAGCAAGGCCCUGGCCCUGCACAAACAAGCUUUUGCUGCUGCGCUUUGGCCUUUUGCUGCAGCAGCAGCUGCAGUGCUAGCAGCAGCAGCAGCAGCAGCAGCAGCAGCAGCAGCGGUGGCAGCAGCAGCGGCGGCAGUGGGAACCACAGAAACGGCAGCAGCAGCAGUCGAAACAGCAGCAGCAGCUGCUGCUGCAGCAACAGCGGCAGCAGCAGCUGCUGCUGCUCAAACGACAACCGCAGCAGCAGCCAGAGCAGCAGCAGCAGCUGCUGCUGCUGCUCAAACGACAACCGCAGCAGCAGCCAAAGCAGCAGCAGCAGCAGCAGAAAUAGAACCAGAAGCGGCAGCAUUAGCAGCAGCAGCAGCAGCAGAAACAGCAGCAGCACCAACAGACACCAAACCAGCAGCAGCAGCAAGAGCACCAGCAGCCACAGAAGCAGCAACAGCAGCAGCAGCAGCAACAGCAGCAGCAGCAGCAGCAGCAGCAGCACCAUUCUAUGAAGAUGGAGUCCUCUUCAGAAGAAAACUCUUCUGCUGGCAGCAGCAAAUUGGGAUUGCAUGCAGAGAGGAAG